AUGAGCCAAUCCGCAGCAAGCAAGGUACCGGAGGGGAGAAGUCAUGGAGCUCUACUUGGCAUCGCGACAUUCAGGUCGAGCGCUGCUGCAACGGCGGCUUCGCCUCAUCUCAGACCCACUUCAGUCGGCGAUUACACCCCGGUCAACCCCAUCUCCGAUUAUCUUCCUAUUCGGGUAGCAUUGUCAAGCCGCCUUGUUUUUGGGGCGUGGAAUUGCAGGUGCUGGGCCAGAGACUUGUAUAAAUCAAGGCAAAUAAAAUUGCGAUUUAAUACCAGCAGAAACAUCGCGAUUCGAAACUUAGUUAGAAUUCAUUUCCUUUCCGAAUACCACGAAGCGUCUAACAGUGGUUAUCAGGGGGGGCGUAUUCACCUACUACUAAAGCAUGGAGGGCCUUUCCAGACAUAG